AUGAAUUGGAAUAAAUUUUUUUCCCGUACAUCAGAUCAGACAAAUAAUGAAAAUGAAAAUGAAACGGAAACGGAUGAUGAUAAGGACGUCACUGAUAGUAAUGUAACUGGAUCUACUGAUAAAUAUUCACAUUUUCUAGGAACGCAUUUUCAAAAAUUUUCGCAUAAUGGCUUACUGCAACGAUUUAUUCAAGUGACUUUUUUGAUAAUUAAUAUUGUAACAUUUCUUGCAGGCAUUGUUGGCAUUGUAACCUCUACAUGGAUUUUCACAGAUAGUAGAAUAAUGUUAAGAUUGAUAGAUCAACACUUUUUUAUUACAAUAUUAUUAUUUAUAAGUUUAAUUGCCUCAUUAGUAUCAUUAUUGGGAAUUCUUGGUUUACUUCGAAGAAGAAGAAAAUUCUUGAACAUUUAUGGUAUUUGUUAUUCGAUAUUUCUAUGCAUUAUAUUUAUCAGCGCCAUAAUGAGUUUUUGGAUUUUCGAAAAAAUUACCAAAAGAAUUCAGGACGAUAUGAGCGCCGCCAUUGAAAACUAUCAUUCUUCAUCGUUGAGUAGAGAAGCUUGGGACAAUACCCACAGAUAUUUAAAGUGUUGUGGAAUAAAAUCCGCAAAGGACUGGACCAAGUAUCGUGUUGAUAUUCCGAAGAGUUGUUGUCUCGGAUCUAUCGAAGAAUGUUUACAAAUGACGGAAGCGGUAUCUUAUAAAUCAGGAUGUCUGAAAAACGCUGUGUUAUUACUCAAGUCUCAUAUGCACACGAUUAGUAUGUCCGUGCUAUUGAUUUUUAUAACUACAGUGAGUCGAACGAUUCCUCAUUGCGAAUAUAGACAAUUCAAAAACAUUCAAUUGACUUUUCAUUUCAGUUAAUGAGUUUUCUUCUCGCGCUCUGUAUACUUGCUAAAAUGAAGAAAGAAGACUGAAAUUUCCAAAUCAAAAACAUCAGAACACACGCAAAACGAUAUUUUAUUCGGAAUGAGACGAAGGUGAACGAGGAUCAAUGACUAUAGAUAAGAGAAUAACAAACUAUAAAACGUUUUCCCGCUUUUAUUAUCAUAUAUAGAUCAUAUAUUUUCUGAAAACACUUAAUAUAUUGUACUUAUGAUAGUAAUAUUGUAAUUGUUACUGGACAUGCUGGUUGGGUUUUCGCGACACACGUGUACGACAACGGAAUUGUUUCGAAAAAAUUUUUUUUUCUUGUCUCUCUCUAAUAAAUGGAACCAUCGAUCGAUGGAUGGCAGUUCGAGAUGGCAGUCGUUGAAAAAUUUUUUUUCAUCGCGCGAUACGGAUGAAUAUAAUACGUUUAUAAAAAUUGUCUGACCAUCGUUCGCUUUCAUCCUCGAAAAUGGACUUUUUAUUGCACGCCGAAUUUACCGAAAUUGAUCAUAAUAUUAAUAAUAGUAGGCAAAGUUAUAACGAGAAUAAUCUCGCCGUUAUAUUAUGCGACGCGAAAUAUUGACAUCGUAAUAAUUCGUCGAACGCGAUACAGAGUAUAUCUUUUGUCUUUAUCUCUCCCAUCGUUACUGGGCUACGCGAGCAGCACGUGUGCUUUGCAUCUCUUAUUUUUUUUAACCCACGAAUUAUCUCUUAUCAUAACCAUGUACAGUAAUCCCUGGAUAAGUGUCCACUUUUUUUCAUAGAAAUUAUAUUCUUUAUCUUUUUUAUUAAUUAUAAUAAAUUGCAAAAAGUAAUAAUUUAAUAUGUUUCCCAGAUUAUCGACGGACUCACCAUCAAAUCUAAAUUCUUCAGCUUAAUACUUAUUUCUUUGGGCUAAGCAAUGAAAAAUAAAAUUGAAGAAUGUAAAAAUUCAAUAUCAUCAUUAUUUGUCUUAUAAGUAGGUAUUUCAAUAUAUUUAAAGUUAUAUAAUUAAAAUAAACUCUAUCUUAUAUUACUCAUAUAAUUAAGUAAUUAUUUAUUUCAUAUUAUUUGAAAUUUCUUUUGAAAUUCGUAAUUUUUUUAUAUAAACUCUGGAAUAAAUUUUAAUAAAUUGAUAUAGAUUUCAUUCCUCGUGAAUUCGAUUGACGGACGUUUAACCAGGUAUUACUGUAUACAUAUACAUAUAAUACCUACUUACAUACUUCUGUAUCCGCAUACGUGUUACGUGUACAUGUGUUGAGACACAUGCACCAGUCUGAUGUGUGUUGGGUAUGUGUGUGUGUGUACGUGUAUAGAGAGACAUUGAUCAGAGGACAGGGCUGUGGGCGCAGUUUCCAGGCAAGUUCCAUCCAAUUACAGAUAUAUUAUAUCAUAGCAAACAUCGUGACUAUUUACAAUAAAUACAGUCGAUUAGAUUAUAUAAAUAAAAUAUAUCGUAUCGUUAGUUUAGGUUUACAGCAACACGUGACAGUAAACAAUUAGAUCAGCGGCGAAGUAGCAUAAUCUACUUAGGGUAGUGGUCGUAGUAGCUGUAGCAUGACUGAUUGCGCAUUCAUUCUUCUCAUCUUUCUCACAUACGUUUCUUUCAUGCAUACAUUCUCUCCAAUUUUUCUUUCAUUUCUCUCUCUCUCUCCCUCUCUCUCUCUCUCUCUCUCUCCCUCUC